AUGAAAUUCAUCAUCACUAUUCUUAUCGUGUCCGCGGUGGCCGCUGUAGAUGUCGUUGGUCUUCCUGUUCGCCUUAAAGAUACUGCUUCCAAAAAUACCAGCUUCGUCUCGAAUCACAGAUAUUUACACAACGUUCUCAAUCCUGAUAUCUUUACCCGGAAGAUUGCCUCUGAAGAUGGUGGUUCUCACGGUGACUUGGUGCAGGUGCCAAGCCACCAGGCGGUUAAGCGUCUUAGCCAUCUUGAGGAUAUCGUGCCCGCCAACGACAUUCAGAAACAUAUGCUUGUCAGGCGUAUCUGGGAGAAACAGAUCAAAGCAGCUCACAAGCAAGCCAGCGAGGCCCAUACAAAGGCCGCUGCCGCCCAUAGACAGGUUCAGGAUAAUCACGCAAAAGCUGCCACGAAGCACCUCAAUGCUGGGAACCACAUUGCAGCUCACGAUGAGAAUACAGAAGCGGAAAAACACGCAGGGAUGGCCCUGGCCCACGAAAAAGCGUCAAUAUCUCAUCUUAACGAGGCGCACCCUGACCUUCCACGUGUUAAGGCUACUGUUCCUCAGGCUAUAAAGUCAAUAAUUUUGUCAAAGUACGAUGCACACAAGGCCAAAAAAUCUUUGAAGAAUGCGGCACAUCGACCUAGUUAG